GCACGUUGCACUUGGGCAGCUGAACAUGGGUGUGAAUACAAAGUCACGUGAACCUACACGUGACAUUAAGGUGUGGCUAAUUGGCAGUUUGGCACGUGCAUAACCAUCUGUCAAAAUUGUAAAUAGCUGUCUGUUUAGUGUUUACUCCAGUGUGCAAAACUGCAAAUUCAAAAGCGAAAAGGCGGAUGGAACAGGAUUUUUUGACGUCUUUGAAAGGUGCCGGUAUCACUACUGUCACUAGUGAUAUCUUAAAAGAAGAACAUAUAUUGAACUUUGAUGUCUUCGCCUCCCUUGAAGAGGAGCACUUUACUGUUCUUCGUAGCAAAAUCAAAAUUGGUCAGCACGCUCUAUUAUUACGUUUGUGGCAUCAAAGAAAUAGAAUGGAGAGAAGUUCUGAGAAUCCUCUUUCUCCAACACCAUCUACCGCUUCUUCAUCUCUGAUGGCCGUAAAGUCCCCAUCUCCUGCUGUUCGUGAUGAAUCUAUUCGAGACAAUAUUAAAGAACUUGCUGAUUUAUAUAAGAAAAGAGGCUCAGGGAUGCCACAACAGAAUGUUAAGGGUGGCGAUCUAAGGAGAAUGACAUUAACGAAGGAAAUGAAUACAUGA